AAUCGGGGAAAAAAAAGGACAUAGAAAGAAAAUCACAGAACAGAGCAAGAGAAAGCGAGAAACAAGAUCCAAUCUUGAGAUCAAUGGCGGAUUACCACUUCGUAUACAAGGACGUCGAGGGCGCCAGCACUCAAUGGGACGAUAUCCAGCGAAAGCUCGGCAAUCUCCCGCCAAAGCCCGCGCCUUUCAAGCCCCCAGCCUUCACUCCCGCCGACGACCCCGACCUCCAGCCAAAGUCCAAGUCUUGGAUCGACGAUCGCACCGCCGACGAGCUCGAGGACCUCGAGGACGAUCCCGAUCUCGACGACGAUCGGUUCCUCGAAGAGUACAGGAAGAAAAGGUUGGCGGAGAUGAGGGAGGCUGCGAGGGUUGCGAGGUUCGGAUCGGUGGUGCCGAUAUCGGGUUCGGAUUUUGUGAGGGAGGUAUCGCAGGCGUCAGGUGAUGUUUGGGUUGUUGUGCUCCUGUACAAAGAUGGUAUACCGGAAUGUGAGCUACUUUUACAGUGCUUGGAGGAGCUUGCAAAAAAAUACCCGGCAACAAAAUUUGUCAAGAUAAUCUCCACAGAUUGCAUUCCGAACUAUCCGGAUCAUAACCUGCCUACUAUUUUGGUGUAUAAUAACAGUGCUGUGAAAGCAACUUACGUGGGGUUGCGUCACUUUGGUUCUCGGAAAUGCACACCUGAAGCUGUUGCUUUAGCGCUUUGUGGGUCAGAUCCAGUGCUAAAUGAUGGGCGAAGUGGGGAUUCAUCCAAGGAUGAUGUUAUAGAGGGUGUGCGCAAAAGAUUCAUUGAGAAGUUCGUAACACAGCAUGAAGAUCGCGAGGAUGAAUACUCGAGUGACUAGUAACAUCCACGUCACUUUCUUUUUAAAAUUUAUACUAGGUAUGAGUGAUUUUUUUUUGGCGCUUUACAGCUUCAUCUCUUUGUUAGUAGCCUGAGCUAACGUGUACUGUUUGUUGUGUCACAAGUCCAAUCCUGGUUCCAGAGAAAGAGUGAUAUAUUUUUGCGUAGAAUACUGCUUUCGUUUCCUGUAUGUUAGCUCUGCCGAAGAUGUAAAUGGACAUCGAAUCUCUAUUCGAUUGCUUCUAAAUAGAAAUGUAAUGUAUUUUUAACAGUAUCCAGCAUGGAUGUCAGCGGUUGGAUUGCAA